GAAUAUCCGACUGAGGAUCCAGGAAUCAUGGGAAAGCAGAACAGCAAGCUGACUCCGGAGGUGAUGGAGGACCUGGUGAAGAACACGGAGUUCAACGAGCACGAGCUGAAGCAGUGGUACAAGGGCUUCCUGAAGGACUGUCCCAGCGGGAGACUCAACCUGGACGAGUUCCAGCAGCUCUACGUCAAGUUCUUCCCGUACGGCGACGCGUCCAAGUUCGCUCAGCACGCGUUCAGAACCUUCGACAAGAACGGAGAUGGAACCAUCGACUUCCGAGAGUUCAUCUGCGCGCUAUCCAUCACGUCCCGCGGCAGCUUUGAGCAGAAGCUGAACUGGGCCUUCAACAUGUAUGACCUGGACGGGGACGGGAAGAUCACCAGAGUGGAGAUGCUGGAGAUCAUCGAGGCCAUCUACAAGAUGGUGGGCACGGUGAUCAUGAUGAAGAUGAACGAGGACGGCCUGACACCAGAGCAGCGGGUGGACAAGAUCUUCAGCAAAAUGGAUAAAAACAACGACGACCAGAUCUCGUUGGAGGAGUUCAAAGAGGCGGCGAAGAGCGACCCGUCCAUCGUGCUGCUGUUGCAGUGUGACAUGCAGAAGUGAGGCGGCGCCCGGCCCCGCCCCCGGACAGCAGCACUCGUUCUAUGUCUCAUUAGGUUCUCUGCCAUUUCCACAGGAACAACCAAACAAUGCUUGGACUCUUUUUCAAUGGACUCGCUUCUCGUGGUCGUAUGCAUGAGGAUGUCAACGCAGAUUUACUCUGAAAAUAGAAACCAUAGAUUUCUAUCUGGGAACACGCCAGCGUGAUUUGUGCACAGUGACCCCCCCACAUGUUCAUCCCACCCUAGCUUGUAAAUGGUGGAGCACUGCGUUCCGUUGCUGCGGUAUUUAGGCCCCGCCCCCGGUGUUCACAGCUGCUGUAUGCUUGAUAGUAAACCUCCUAUGAUAACUGUAACGUCUCUAUCGGACCGCUGGAGCUCUGGCAGAACCUCCAGACCGGUCCACGUCGGAACCCAGACGAGUAGGUUCUUUGCAUGCAUAUAUUACGUGUCAGAAAAUAUAAUCUUUUGCAUCUUUAGGCGGCUAAAAGAGCGCCCUCCCCCCCCAGCAGAGUUCAUUUCUUACUGUUGCAUGGGCUGUACAGAUCGUGACCUCAUUCGUGCGCCCCGUCCCGUGGAAGCAUGCUUCCCCCGUCCACGUUUCUGUGCCGCGCUCCAGCGUCUGAAGGUGCGGCUUCACGAUGCUUUUGUUUGGUGACGUCUGGGAUGAGCAGGAAAGCAGGGGCGGGGCUUCCCGCCCUUUUGGCCUGGGCGCCGCGCCCCGCAAUUGGCUUCCAGCUAGAACAGCGUCUCUGGUUUACCGAACCUCGAUUAGCCUCGGCUCAAGCAACUCUACUCCAAACAUAUCAAAGUGUUUACAGAACCGGACAGCGUGACGCGCCCAGGCCAGUCCGGGAUUCGAACCCUCGCGCCGGGAGCUGCUCCUCUGCCAGAGCGGCGACCGAGGGAACACAAAGCCUCCGUAUGUUUACCGGAAACCUCUGCAUUCCUUUGUGUCAAACCCUUUUGUACGUUUCUAUGAAAGGCUCCGCGGUUCAGGCCGUCGUGUUUGCAGGAGAUGAUCGGUGACGCAGCGGUCCGGACGCCACGGCGGUUUGGCUAUGCAAGUGUGGACGGAGAGUCUGCUAGUGGAAGAGGCUUUUUGUUCUUUCUGAAACAGCUGAAGCUGGUCUGCAUCGUCUGAAAUGUCCGUCUGGUCACGUGCUUCUCCUCUUUUGGUCAGAUGUUUAUAUCAACAUGAACCCAUCACCCAAGUGACUGUAUCAUUUUAUACAUGUGGCAUGUCUUGCAACCCAACGAUGAUUCUGUAGUGAUUCAAAAAAUAAACCAUCAACGCGGUUUUGGAAACACCA